AUGUCUACCCCAAUUCCUCCACAAUCUCCUCCAAGCACCCCCACCAAGUCCAAUCGAACAAGAUCUUUCUCGGGAGCCGCCACGGUAGCCAAUACGGCAUGCAUAUGUGGAAACGUUCCUAUCGCUCUCAAUGCAAACACUUUGGCAGACACAUUGAAAGUUUCUCCUUUGUAUAAGCAGCAAGAUUCAGCACGCUGGAACGCGGCCGCACAGGUAUACCGAACUUCUCGUGCUGUUUCGCCAACUUUGGAAGAGAAGGAAAAAUUCGGGUUCGACAACGCCUACAUAAAUCAAAUGAUCAGCCCGAAAAUGUCGAUUCCAAAAACUCCAAUUUCGUUGGAAGAGAUUGCCGAUAUGAAUAGAAGACGUCAUGAAAUGGAAGGCGGCGUGAUUCCAUCGGAUGAUGACGUUGGACCUUUGGAACUUGAAGCCAUUGCUGCGGUUCACGAGUUGGCCCACGAAGUAGAAGACAUAAGUGUCUCCGAAAUGCUUCCAAGGACCAGUGACCUCAUUUUUGUCAAUGUUAAGACCCAAGAAGGCUCACCAUACACCCUGGAGUUAACUAUGAAGGGGUGGAGAAUUGCUUCAUCGCAUACGGAUUGUAUGAACGGAGAUUAUACAAAGGUAACCGUUCAGUAG